GGCGUCAGCAGCGCUCUCUCCAGCCAGCAGGGAAAAAAGUGCCAGCAGGGAAAAUCCAUUUUCCAUUUUCCUACACGCGGACACUGGCUCAAAGUAUCGUGUGCGGCGGACGUCCUUGCGUGCGACGGUGUUUUCAAGGAGCCCCAAGAGCAACAUGGAAACAUAAUAAGAGACGGCAGGAGUGACGGAAGACCCUAGGCUGAGUUUUCAAAGUCGCGCAAAUCAAUAAUUAUCCAAAACGAAAAUCGAAAGCUGCCCCGCAAAGUGACUUCUAGUGCCAUUUUCCUCCAUACGUGUGUGUGUGUGUGUUUCUUUCUUUCAUUUUUUUUGACGAGAGUGUCCUGUGCUGUGCUGAUCGAAAAGGAAUACGUGGAAACAAAUUUUCUUUUGCGUUUUUUUGGCCCUUUUUUUGGAGAAUCGCGAGAGUCCCCGAAGGAGACGGAGAAGGCAUCGCACUGAGAAGCGCCACUGCCAAAUGAGCGAGGGAAAGGGAGCGCAAUAAGAUUGAAUCCCAGGGACUAUGACAGGCCUGCAGUAGUCUGCAGCCACUACAUGGCUAGAGGAAUACACCAAACUUUACGCACAAGAAUCUGCAGCCUACCGGCGCAGGAUUCAACUAAAACUGGCUAGAGGCGGGCCUUUGGGGAAAGGGCCAUCGAAACUGAGCAAAUCAUGAAACAUUCAAAUAUUUCCAUACACAAGGACAUGAUGGAAUUCGGAUAACUGCACACAAGGAUAUAUUGUCAAAGAACGCUCACGCAGGAGUCGAGAGAAGAAAAAGGAGAAAGUGAAAAAUAAACAAGUACCAUGAAACGAACAAAAGCCACAGCGCGGAAGAGCACGUAAAACCGACACGAAAACACAGCACACUUCCGGUCGCAGGACCCCGGAGUGAACUUUUGUGUGGUCAAUAGCCAGCUGACACCCAGCAGCAGCAGGAGCACGAGCAGAAGCAGGAGACACACAAGGAGCGGGAGCACGAGCCGGAGCAGGAACCGGAGGGCAGGAUAGUGCCAAAACGGCGCACAGUCGCGGCUAUGGAACCUCCCGGCGGAGUGCCGCCGGAUAGGGAUCGGCAGCUGGUGCUCCGCAAUCAGUCGACGGCCCUGGUCCCUGUGGUGGUGACCUCCGUACCAGCACCCGCACCCGCCACCGCAUCCGCAGGCACUAUUUUAACCACCCCCACUCCCACCCUCAGUACGCAGGCCCCGGUCUGCGUCAAGCCAACCAGUCUGAGCCUCCAGCCCCAUGCCGUGAUCCAGGCGAUGCAGCAGUUCUCACCCUCGGCCGCCGGGAACAACAAUCCGGCGGCUGCACCCGUUCUGGCCACGAGCGGCAGCAGCGGCAAUGCUAACAGCACCAGUCCGGCCCUGGCCUCCACAGCGACCGCCAUCUCCGCCACGACUCAGGCCGCCACCGCCUUUAGUGGCAGUUCUGUGGGCCACCACCACUUGCAGCACCACCAGCAUCCCCACCAGAAAACUCUGCCCGCGGCAGCGACGGCUCCGAAUGCCGCUCCCCAUCACGGAUCCAUAUCCGGAAUAGCUCCUGCUCCCGUUGCGGGCAGUGGCAGUGGAUUGCUGGGCUCCGGAAGCAGUGGCGGCGGCAACCAGCAGCAGACCAUAGAGAAGCUAUCGCGACCCAUGGCUUUCGAUAAGAUGGAGAUGUUGGUGCGGGAGAUGCAGGAUCAGGAGCACGGUGUUCCAGUGCGGCAGCAGAAAAUGUUUCUGACUUCCAUACCCUACGCCUUCAUGGGCUACGAUCUGAUCGAGUGGCUGAUGGACAGACUGCAGAUUGAGGAGUCCGAGGCCCUCAACAUCGCCAACCAGCUGUGCCUGCACGGCUACUUCUUCCCGGUGAACGACUCGAAGACGCUGACCGUGAAGGACGACUCCUCCCUGUACCGCUUCCAGACGCCCUACUACUGGCCCUGGCAGCACAAGGCCCCCGACAACGUCGAGUACGCCAUCUACCUGGCCAAGCGCUCCCUGCGCAACAAGCAGCGCCACGCCCUCGAGGACUACGAGGCGGAGGCCCUCGCCUCGCUCCACAAGAACCUCAAGGGCAAGUGGGACUUCAUCUCGAUGCAGGCCGAGGAGCAGGUCCGGCUGGCCAAGGAGCGCAAAAAGGGGGACAAGAUCGUCGGCGACUCCCAGGAGCGGGCUUACUGGCGCGUCCACCGUCCACCCCCGGGCCAGUUCACGCCCCUGGAACCCUGUCCAGUGCCUUCGCGGGACCGCCAGGGCCUGAAGCCCAACAAGAAAAAGACUGUCGAGGACCUGCAGCGGGACGUCGACUACCUGGGCAAGUCCCUCAACCGGACGCGCAUGAAGAUGUCCCAGGCCUGCGAGUCCCUGGUUGGCUACUCUGAGACCUUCACCGAGUACGACUUCUUCCUCCAGCCGGCCCUGCCCUCCAAUCCCUGGGUUACCGAAGAUAUUGCUUUCUGGCAGCUGAACAACACCUUCGUGGAGGUGCCCACGGAGAAGCGGGUCAAGCGCUGGGCCAUUUCCAUCGAGGAGCUCGUGUCAGACCCCACGGGCCUCCAGGAGUUUACGAGCUUCCUCGAGAAGGAGUACUCUCACGAGAACAUACGCUUCUGGAUCGCAGUAAAUCGGCUUCGCCGUUCAGCCCACUCCCAGGUGGCCCGAAAGGUCAACGAAAUUUAUGAGGAAUUCCUGAAGCCUGGAGCCCCUUGCGAGAUUAACAUCGAUGGCAAGACGAUGGAAAGUGUUCUGCGUGGCUUGAAGAAUCCCUCUCGCUUCACGUUCGACUCGGCCUCGGAACACAUCUACAUGCUGCUCCUGAAGAAGGAUUGCUAUCCGCGUUUCAUCCGCUCGGAGCACUACAAGCGCCUCCUGGACACCGGAAUCCAGCCCUCGUACAAGAAGCGCUUCUUUAAUUUUGGCGGCGUCAGUGGUGCCAAGAAGAAGAUGACGGCCGCUCUCUCCAGCCAGCCGAAUCUCGGCGAUGCGGCCAAGGGAAGCGGAGCAGGCGGCGUGGGAGGAAGUUCGGGGAGCUCUAUGAUGCAGGCCCCGCCUCCGGGAAGCCUCGCCAGGCGACGCGGCAGCGAUCGGAGUCUGACGGGCUCCGCCCACGAGUUGGCCGUGAUCGGGGUGAACAAGGACGCGGGGUCCAAGGUGCCACACUCCCAUUCGCAGAGCAACCUCAGCGAGAUCCCCUUCAGUAGCGAUACAGUUUAUCGAGGCGAUAUGCCCCAUCGCCACAUGGCGGUCAUGGAUAUCGGGAUAUAUGCGGCUUACGGAAAUCGCGAAAGUAGUUUACAGCCACUUCCAGAAACGCCCAAGACGAAGUCCACCGUUCUGGAGCCGAAGGACGCCACCACCUCCUCCCUGGCCAGCAGCAGCGCGGUGUGUCCCUGGGACGAGCCGGCAGCAGCAGCUCCGGUGGCUCCUGCCCAGGUGAAGCUAUCGGUGUGUCCCUGGGACCUGGACAAUGCAGCCUCAGCGGAGAAGGCGGAGCAGGCGGCCCCAGGACCGUCGUUGAAGACGUCGACCGCCUCUCAGCCCUUACGGUUGACCAGCACUUCCUCCGACAGCAGCGACGUGAACGACCGGAUGCAGCGGAACCUGGGCAUCCGCCACCAAAACACAGUGGACAGUGGCGAAGCCAGUGUAAAGCGCUUGAUUCCCAACUUUCCGGAGCAGCGACGGGCCUCCGUCUCCUUCACGCCCAGCCACACUUCGGAUUACCAGCUGGGGCGCACUCCGACGACCACAUCCUCGCCAUCUGUAGGCAACCCAGAGGCACCUCCUGGCCCUGUCCCAGGUGUGGUGGCCACCAGCUCCUCCGGUAGCUUCGCUCCCUUGCAAGCCCGCAGUAGCGGAUCCGGAUUUGGCAGCGGCGCCAUCGUCAAGGAUCCGCACUCCGGUUCCGAUGUGGACGUGGAGCUGGAGGACGAGCUCAGCAAUAUGUCGCUUUGCGAGCGGAACAGCGAGAGCUCCACGUCGGAGCUGCCCGUGGUGAUGGUGCCCACCCCCGCACAAACCCCGCCGCCCGUCACCAAGGUCACGCCCCCGCCCCCACCGCAGGGAGCGCCUGAGCCAGUCGAGGCGCGUCGCCAAGUGGAGGCCUCCACAAGCCCACUGUUGCAGGAGCAACUGACCGAAGCUCCAUUGACCCUGGUGAAGGAGGUGCAGAUCGAGCUGAUCGAGGCCAGGGAAUUCCAUUCGGAACGGGGCAGUCCGCCCAUUAUCAAGGUGCUGGAGCUGGACCUGGAGGUCGUUAGCACGGAUGACACCAAAAGAACCUUUGCCACCACCACAAGCACCACUACCAUUACCACUACCACCGAGGAUCCCGAUGAAGUCCAGCACGAGCCGGAGGCCGAGGAGAAGUCGUCGGGCCAGGAAGAGGAACAGGAACCGAGGGGUGUGCUCGAGGAGCUCUCGCCUACCACCGACGAGUACCAGGAGGGCCUCCAGUUCGGCAGUGACCCCAAGGACGUGGUCGACGACUACGAGAGUAUAGACACCGACCUCCAGCUGGGCUACAUACCGCCGGCGCCCACUCCUGCGCCAUCCUUGGCACCCCUGGCCGAGCUGGACGUAGACACGGUGGACGACGAGCUGUGCGAACCCUAUCCAGAUCCCGAGCCCGUUGCCCUAGUCCCAGCCGCAGCCACGCCCACCUCUAGCAACGAAGAGGCGCGCAAGCGUCGCAAGAAACGAAACUCCGAGGGCAAGAAGGUCAGUUCCCAGGACGAAAAGGACAAGGAGAAGGCUGGUGGCAGCAGCAUGGAGGCCGCAGACCACAACGCCGUGUGCCCCUGGGAAGAUGAAAACGUGAGCGCCAAUGACGGAACCUUCGUGAAAACCUACGCCACUCUGGGGUACUUAUGAAUAAAAUCGAAUCUGUUCAAGACAGUGGUCAACAAGUUGCUGAAAAGGAAGCCGCACAAGAAGUAGGGGCUCGGGUAGGGGCAAGUGGCGAGUUGCAACUCGGGUGCAUGGCACACGAGGUGUGUGAGACAAUUGAGUGUAUUCAUAUGUAAAUGUUGCAAAUGCUUCAGGACGUUCUUGCAAGGAGGGAGGAAAACAAAUACGAGCCAGGUGGACGGAGGAGUGGUUUAUUGCUGAAAUUUCAAUAUAUACAUUAAAAACAAAUAACAAGAAAAACUAAAACAAACCAAAACGAAAUACUUUAUCUGCAGAAUGUGCAUACUUAUUUACAAAUGAAAAGUUGGCUUAAUCAGCCUAAUUAGGCAUUAAUCGAAUUGGAUAUGAAACUAAAUCUAAUAAUGAAUGUUCAAAUCACCGCAGAAGCGUCUUUCUGAUCAGUUGAAAACGCCAAACCCAACUCCAAAUCCAA